AGCACGUGCUGCCAUGAAGGUGACGUUGAGUCGUGGAAUGGCAGCAGCGCAACGGAGGAAAGCGGAGAUCGCGCAGUCACUGUCGCAAAGGCGCGUCAACAAAUCGAAGAAUACCUCUGAAAGCAGUUCCGACCUUUUGACCGAAGAAUACGACGAACUGAAGAGGAAUUAUCGGUCAAUGCAAGAGGAAAAUUUGAAGUUGCAAGCUAUCAUAACGGACGUAACACAGGUGAACAAACGGUGGCAGCGAUAUAAUAACGAUCGUCAAGUGUAUGUAGACAAACUUUUGACAACCAUAAAAGAACAACAAGAACAAAUGAAUAAGAUAUCUGAGGACUCAGCUGUCAACUUGAACAAACAGAACUCAGCUGGCAGUGAAAUUGAGAAUCUGAGACAAAAAAAUCUGGAGCUGAGAGAAGAGGUUCACCAUUUGAGGAAAGAGCUUGAUGAGAAAGAACGAGAAGGAGCUGCUCUGAGGGUACAGGCACAGGUCCACCGCGAUGACUGGGAAGCAGAGCGUGCAGAGAAAAUUGCUGCCCUGCAGCAGCGCGAACAAGCAGAGAAGCGUGUAGAAGAAUUGAAAAUGGACUUACGGAAUCUUUCACACAAGUUGAGAGAAGAACGCUUGCGCAGUCCAUUCCAGUGCCCAAGCUGCGGGCACUGUAUUCCUUUAGAGGAUACAGCAAUAGCUCCUAAACCUGUGGAACCAUGCAAAAGAAGGGGAUCCUUGAUAGCGCGAGGUUGUUACAUGACAUCAGAUGAUGAUAUGUACCUCACCUGUGACGAAGUUGCCAGCAGAAAUCCAUCAUCUGCACUGGUCAAAGAUUCAAAUACAGAAGACUCUGGCAGUAGGGAAAAAAGCUGUGAAACAACUGAAACACUUAAAAAUAAUUUUCCUGAAGAUUCUCCAUGCACAAGCUUCUCAGUUGUAUCUGGUGAAGGUGCUGUGACAUUGGGGUUCAGCAGUUCUGGGUUGGCUUCCGUUACUUCUUUCCCUGUAAAUACAUAUUCUCCAAUGGCAGCAAGUGGAGCAUCAAGGAAAAGUACUCCAUAUCGAAGUGGUUCUCCUCCCUCAGUUCAACGGCACUCAAGAAGGUCUUCACAAUCAUGUACCCCAGUCUCGACACAAGAAGAUGAAGAUGGUGGUAUAGCAACACAAACUCGUAUGGACAUAAUUUGCCCUGGGUGUAGUGCUGUAUUCCCACCUGGUCACCACAUAGACUUCUUAGACCACUUCGAACUCUGCCAACAGCAGAAACCUCCAAUCAGUGAGGAACUAGAAGAGCCAAAAACUGUGCUGAAAUGUCCAAAAUGUAGUCGGACUUUUCCAUCUUGUCAACAGAUUAACUUCUUAGAUCAUUUUGAUCAAUGUAAGUGGCCAGAAAGGAGGUUUGUUGAACAGGAUACAGCAAACAAUGGCUGCAUGAGCAGGUGAUAUGCCUAAGUUUGAGAAGUGGCUUCCCAGUAUCCAGUCACAAUCCUACCCAACCUGCAGCUCCUCUUCCGCUUCUCCUAGUAUAUUUAUUGUGCUUCUGUUGCAAAGUGUGCAGUAACAGUAUUCUCUCUCUCAUAUUUCUGAGAGAAAAUCUCUGUGGUUAACAAACCUCUCUCAUUUUUACCAGUGUAAAUAUCACACCUAUUAGAAGGCAUAGGAAGAAACCUUCUAGACAUGGUAGAGAACAGAACAGGCCAUUGUGUUCAGUGUAAUAAGUAAUUUCAUUACAGCAAGAUGUAGUAUGAUAAACAUUGAGUGAAGAAAUCCAAAUGUCUGAGACAAGUAAAGUAAAACAGUGCAGGAAUGGUAGUGAUAACACAAUGGGUGUGUCACAAUCUUUGGAUAAUAGAGGAACUGUGUUGGGGAGACUCCUUCUGUUUCCUGCUACAAAGUGCAGAAAGAAUGAAAAUAGACAAGAAUUGUGAGAAUGAAAAAGUAUCUCCUGUGUUGCAAACUACAUUACACAAAACAAAAUGAAAGUUUUCUUUUGUUGUCCUCUCUCCUUACCACAGAAGCAAGGAGAAUGAAACUUGAAAAUAAUUUACACUGGCCCUGUGUUCCACAGAUUUGAAAAUCUAGUCAAAUUACAAUUUCUAUUGAUUGUAACACAGUAUGAUAUAAAUUGUAUUACUUAAUGUUUAUUACUGUUAGUCUGAAAACAAAAAUAUUUCUCAACUACACAGAACUUUUUCUUUGUGCAAUCUACCUCAUUGUUGACAGAAAUAUGAAAUUGUCGUUUUCUUUUAUUUACCCAGAUAUAACACAUUUUUCUCAUGCAGACUUAUUUUGGCAAUUAUGGUAUAUCUGACAAAAUAUUAGCCAAAACAGGCUUGUGGCGAAAUUAAAACUCCAAUGCAGCCAAACUCAGCAAUUGUUUGACAAAAUUCCGUAAAUGUCGCUGGAUAAAUAAAAGAAAAAUGACAGUAA